ACUCGUAACGGAAUUUUUGGAACUAUUAGCAGCUGCUCUACUUCACCGGCCGAACAUUCGUGUCCGUAAUAAGUGGAUAUUUUGAGGUUAGAAUAUAUACAAGUGAAGCGAAAACUUGCAUAAAACGCAAGUGUUAGGUAAUUCCUAACGAUGGCAGGUGUUCUCAAGAAGACCACACGAUUGACAGGAUUGGUUGUGAGCAAAACUCCUCACCAGGAUAUAAUUCCGGUAUAUAAUAGAAUCCUGAAGCUGUUAGAUAAAUUCCCAGAGAAUUAUACUUAUCGGACAGAAACAGAGAAGCUUGUCAAAUACAGAUUGAGUGUAGUUGAGAGUAACAAGGAUGUACAAACUAUAGAGGAAAAAAUAGAUUGCGGACAGUUUGAGGAACUUGUAAUACAGGCUAAGAACGAGCUAUCGUUGGCACAACAAAUGCUAGAAUGGAAAGCGUGGGAGAACUUAAUGCAGGAGGCGCCACCCAACCAGUGGACAUGGCCACCGCAUAAGUAAUAUUAAUUUAUUAUAGAUAUUUGUAUAUAGUGUUGAACACUGAUAUUGGAGCAAGUGACUUGUAAGUUGCUUAGUGUACAAAAACACAGUAUAUCUUAACGUGAUAUGCUGUCGUAUAAUAAAUAUAUCCCAUAACUGUA